AUGAUAAAAUGGUUGAAUAAGAUCUCGUCGCCAUUGUCAGCCGAUUCGAGCCCGAGAAAUGUUGGACGCGCUGAUAUUUUAUCGACCACGUCACGAGCAAAAUGGACUUCUGCCUAUGCAUCGGAUCCUUCUGAAUGGGAACGCCUCUUCGAUGCCAAAUGGAAAAUCGUAGAUUCGAUUUUGGAGAAGAAAUUGGUGAAUGUUGAGCAUGAAGUUGAUUUUGAUGAGAUGAUGGCGUUGAUUGAAAAUGCGACAAAUAUGUGUACAUUGCUCAUGUUAGAGGUGAACUCUCAACCAGAACCGUCGAUUGGGCCAAUUCUUGAUCGGUUUUUUACGGAACAAAUAAUGGAAAGAAUUCUGGAUUGGGUUAUUCAGUUGCCAACUCUUUUAAAACCAUCAUGUCAGUUGGCGAUUGUGAGAAUUUAUGAGAAUAUUGUGUCCGAGUCGCACUCUCAGAAUCACUGUCUACUUGUUCAUAAACCGAUUCUGAAUCCUUUACUUCGGCUUUUGUUUCAUUUUGGGUCUCGACGCGCCGACGCUUAUUAUCAUCAGUUCGAAGGACGAAAAACUGAGCUAUCAGCCACUGAGAAACAUUUUGUACUACUUUUGAACCAAAUUUGUACCAAAUUAGCAGAAGAUAAAACUCUUCUACAUUUUUUCUUCCACUGCGCUAAUGGUUCGGAGCAGUUUAUUGUGUUCACGCAAUUAAUUACUUUCUUAUACGAACAGAAUGAUAUUGGCCAAUUGGCACGCGAUGCUCUUCUACUCAUCCUUUCGGUUUCAUCCGAUCAUGAUGCAAUUGCUCAAUUUGUGGCUUAUCGAACAGCAUUUUGCCCGGUUGUUGCAACUGGACUCUCUGGCUGUUUUUCCCAACUACCACGCUCAAUUCAUGGCGACGGCGGCGAGCGAUGGGUUGACGACGAAUUCUCGGAUUCAUUGUCUGAUUUCCAUUCGUCGAUUCUUUUCUGCAAUGCCGUUGCUCAAGCAGCUCAUCCAGCUGUUGUCGCUCAAAUCUCAAAAUAUUUCUACUCAGGAUUCUUGAUUCCUGUCGUCAAACCGGCACUUCUUCAAGAUGAUCGACAGUAUAUUGCGGCAAGUCUCGCUUACCUUCAGUUGUGCCUUGAAACAAUUACGGAGCCAGUGCUGAUCCGAGCGGUUGUUGAAUUAAUAUUGACAGAAAGAGAUGAGAAUGGCACAUUGCUGUUUGAAAGAAUAAUGAACUACAUGAAGAGUGGAGAUAAGGCUUCGAUUGUUGCGAUUUCACUAACAGACACGUUGAUUCAAUUAUGCUGCGAAGAUGUUAUGCUAGCGUUCGUAUUCCGCCCUCUUCUCACCAAUCACGUUGCCAAUAAAAAACAACUUUCGAAAGUGCAUAAUCGUAUUCGAUGCUCGACUUUUGCUCAAAAAUACUUGGAUUGCAUUCCAAAAUGCAUUAUGAACUAUAAAGAGGUGUGUUCGCAAACGACACUUGCGGAGUACAUCGAUGAGAAUCGCCUGAAAAUGGAUGCGCGAUCCGAUCAAUGCCGAUCUUGGAAAUGGAAAUAUGAUGGGGUUGUUGCUGACAGCUUCUGCCUUCCUUCCGAAUCCGAUGAUGACGCCACGUGUCACGUUCCAUUUUCUCGGUUGUCAUCAAGUAGAUCAUCAAUGUCAAUGGCAACACACGGCUUAAAUCGAUACAUCCACUCAUCGUCGCAUUUGUCAUACGACUUUAAUAUAGAGAAAGUGUGCGCUCUUGGUGAGAAGCAGAAGAAUUAUGAUGAUGUUGUUUAUGAGGAUAUCAAUUCAUAUGAUAUUGAUGAUAUUGAGGAAGAUAAUCACUUCAUUCUACCACAAAUUGAUGAAAUGACGACAUCGAAAGUAAUGAGCUCAUCGUGUUUGGAUUAUCUUCAUAUCAGUGGAUUGGAUGAUUUUAGCGAAUCUGAUGAUUCGGCUCCAAUUAUGUCCAAAAGAAGUACGGAAGGAGAAACUACGGAUCCUGAUUCCGGUACCUCGUUUGUUCUUUCUGGAUGGCAAGAUGUGAAGGAUGAAGAAACGUGGAGGAGUCUUCUCGAAAAACAGAAAGUCAAGGGAAAAUUGAUGAAUUUUGGUGAAAUCACCUCAUUCAUCGAUGAGAAAAUGAAAGAGCUGAAAUCGAGAGAGGAACAAGAUGAGCCCGAAGGCGAUGAAAAGAAUAAUGCGGAAAAGAAUGAAGCGGUUGAAGUUCGAACAACGGGAUUCUCUGUUUAUCAAUUCUCAGAAAGAUCGACACUUUUGAAGUUCAUUUUUGAUAGUAUCGAAACUUUAUGCGAAAAUUCGAUAUCAUUCAAUGUUGAAAUUUGUUGUUUGGUUUCGAAUCUCGCGACAUAUCCUCAGCCAAUUCUUGCUUAUUAUUUGUUCGAUGUAAAAGAAGACAAAUCGGAGAAAUGCCUUCUGUCGAUUCUUUCAAAUGUUCAAACGCGUAUUGAAGUGAUGGCUGAGGGAAUCGAAGGUUUCGACAUUUGGAUUCAGCGUGCUCUGAAAUCGAUGGAAGCACGUGCUGCCCGAAUUCAGCGGCAAUGUGUGGCGAACACAAAAUCGCCUCGUGAAGAGUCAUCGUUUUUCAGUCGAUCAUUCGGCGGCUCGUUCCGCAAACCGCCAUCAUUCAGUUUACAUACGCACAAACACAUUGAUAGCAUGGAAGUUCAUCGCGACGAUGCAACAGCAAAACAGACGGCGUUCGCCGCGAUUUUCCUCGCUCAUCUAUCGCAAAUAUUCGCCUCAAUCGUCUUACAGCAAUCGGUUGUCUGCUGA